GAAGGGGCGGGGCUCCGCGGGCUGAGUCUCAGUGCUGCCGCCGCCGCCGCCGCCGCCGCCGCUGCUGCCACCAGAGCCAGGGAGGGCUGGGCCCCGAGGCAAGAUGGUGGACUACAGCGUGUGGGACCACAUCGAGGUGUCUGACGAUGAAGACGAGACGCACCCCAACAUCGACACCGCUAGCCUCUUCCGCUGGCGGCACCAGGCCCGGGUGGAGCGCAUGGAGCAGUUCCAGAAAGAGAAGGAGGAGCUGGACAGGGGCUGCCGCGAGUGCAAGCGCAAGGUGGCCGAGUGCCAGCGGAAGCUGAAGGAGCUGGAGGUGGCCGAGGGCGAAGGCGGCAAGGCCGAGCUGGAGCGGCUGCAGGCUGAGGCGCAGCAGCUGCGCAAGGAGGAGCGGAGCUGGGAGCAAAAACUGGAGGAGAUGCGCAAGAAGGAGAAGAGCAUGCCCUGGAACGUGGACACGCUCAGCAAGGAUGGCUUCAGCAAGAGCAUGGUCAACACCAAGCCUGAGCAGGCGGAGGAGGAGUCGGAGGAGGUGAGGGAGCAGAAACACAAAACCUUCGUGGAAAAGUAUGAGAAACAGAUCAAACACUUCGGCAUGCUUCGCCGCUGGGAUGACAGCCAGAAGUACCUGUCAGACAACGUCCACCUGGUGUGCGAGGAGACAGCCAACUACCUGGUCAUCUGGUGCAUUGACCUAGAGGUGGAGGAGAAAUGCGCCCUGAUGGAGCAGGUGGCUCACCAGACCAUCGUCAUGCAGUUCAUCCUGGAGCUGGCCAAGAGCCUCAAGGUGGACCCCCGUGCCUGCUUCCGGCAGUUCUUCACCAAGAUCAAGACUGCUGACCGUCAGUACAUGGAGGGCUUCAAUGACGAGCUAGAGGCUUUCAAAGACCGAGUGCGGGGCCGUGCCAAGCUGCGCAUUGAGAAGGCCAUGAAGGAAUACGAGGAAGAGGAGCGCAAGAAGCGGCUUGGCCCUGGCGGCCUGGACCCUGUUGAGGUCUACGAGUCCCUCCCUGAGGAACUUCAGAAGUGCUUUGACGCGAAGGAUGUGCAGAUGCUCCAAGACGCCAUCAGCAAGAUGGACCCCACCGACGCGAAGUACCACAUGCAGCGCUGCAUCGACUCAGGCCUCUGGGUCCCCAACUCCAAGUCCAGCGAGGCCAAGGAGGGGGAGGAGGCGGGUCCCGGGGACCCCUUGCUGGAAGCCACCCCCAAGUCAGGCGACGAGAAGGAUGUCAGCGCGUGACCUGUCCCGGCUGCCGCAGACCCCUGUGCACCCCUUUUCAGGAAACAAAAAUAGAUGCCAUCUCCCCAGGUCCUGGCUUCCUCCUCUUUUGCUGCUCCCCAACCUAGCCCGGAGGGGCCCUGGCACCCCGCUUCCACCGCCCCCCUCCCACCCCAGCCCUCAUCCAAGUCUUUGCUUUGAGUCAAAGGGGCUUCACUGCCUGCAGCCCCCCAUCAGCAUUAAGCCAAAGGCCCGGGGAUCCAGGGAGGGGCAGAGGUUGCCAGGUUGGUCCAUGGGGUGGGGGUGGGUCCCCAGCCAAGGGGCCUGCUCCAGUCACUGUGGGCUCUGUUCUCGCUGUUCGCCCGCGUCAAGUCUUCUAUAUAGUAAACAGCAGUUAUCUUCCAAUAAAGGAUUUCAGAUGCUC